GUUUUAAAUUGUCGUUUUUCAACAUCUAAAUUCAAAAAAAUACUACAUUUCAGAAAUUAAAAACAAAUACAACCACAAAUCAACAUGGUUAAAAUUGCAGUCGCUGGUGGCACAGGGCAAGUUGCCCAGGAAAUCAUAGCCGCCUUAGUAGCAGUGAAGAAGCAUGAUAUAUUCAUCCUAAGCCGCAAUGUCUCUGCCCUAAGCAGCGCACCUGGAGUAACAGUGCGUGCUGUGAAUUACGAUGACAAACCUGACCUGGCUGAGGCACUGCGUGGGGUCCAUACCGUCUUAUCGUUUAUCCAGCUCCUUUCAGAUCCGGAAAACAACUCUCAGAAGAAUCUGAUAGACGCUUCCAUCCUCGCCGGAGUCAAACGUUUUGCGCCGAGCGAGUGGGGGAGGUUCUCGAAUAUUGCCUCUCAACCCGGCCUUUUCCUGAACUAUCUGGCAUUUCCACACAGAACCGCCAAACACGUGGUUCCGCUCAAUACGAUGUUCGACUUUGAGAAACAGCGUGCAAUUGUUGUUGAGGGCCAUGAUUUUGUCAUGACCUUCACCACAGUACAGGACCUUGCCACAGUUGUUACUGAGGCCGUCGAUUACGUUGGCGAAUGGCCUGUUAUUGGUGGCGUUAGUGGCAACAGAGUUACCGUCUCACAGAUUCUCAAGAUUGGCGAAAGAGUUCGAGGCCGCCCCUUUGCCAUCGACACCGUGAAACUUGAAGACCUCGAAGCUGGGAAGCUUAAAACCUCAUGGACACUUGAAACAAGGCACCCAAGCGUCUCCGAGGACCAAGCUGCAGAAGCUUUAAAAUCUGUUCUCAUAAGUACGCUCCUGAGCGGUGCAAAGGGAGCAUGGGAUGUGUCAGAUGAGUUUAAUCGAAUCCUGCCAGAAUAUAAGUUCACUCAGAUGGAAGACUUCCUAGGCAAGCGAUGA